CCUCCCCCCGCUGUAUGUGCAGUAAACACAUAACAGGUUAGUUGAAUCUACAGAACAGCAUCUCAGUGACCCUGUUCCUGUUUACCAUCUGUUCUGAGAGACAGACAUGGAUCCUUAUCAGAACCAGAGGGACUACAGGAACCAGCAGAACCCCGGGAGAACCGCACCUGGAACACCUGAAACAUCUGGAACAUCUGGGGGUGAUCAGACACCUGUAGACCCCGGAAGAGAGGACCCUGAAGCCCGGAACACACCUGCGAACAACCGGGAGCCUCAAUACUCAGUUGGGUUUACGAUGAUCCCGCCCAAUGAAUCCCGACGAAGCAAGACUCAAAUGAUGGCUCAGAAAGAACUGGAGGACCUCCAGAAGUGGAAAGAGGAAAAUAAGCCCAAACCUGUGCAGCCCGUCUCAGAGAAGCUGGGUGGGAACGCAACAUUGUCUGCAGUCAGGGAGAAGCAGCAUUUAGAAUUACAACACGCCAAACUGCAGAAGAGGGUACUUCCUCACACGUUUACUGCCAUAAACACAGAAUACACUCAUUUCACACGCCCUUAACCCUGAGACGCACAAGUGGGUCUUUUUGGACCUGGUUU